AUGGUUGAUGCUGAUCAGUUGUGUAAUGGUGUUAUUAUUACUUCUCUUGCUAUUAUGAUAGUUUUUUUUACGGUGAUGCCUAAUAGUUCCUGUGGUACUGAUUGGACUGUCUACCCUCUUUUAAAUACCAAUGGUCAUAAGGUUGAUUUGGCCAUUUUUAGUUUGCAUUGUUCUGGAGUGAGUUCUAUUUUGGGAGGUAUUUAUUUUAUGGCUGCUGUUUAA